AUGAAGGGCAAUACAUCCUUCCACCUGCUGCUUGCGGUAGUGUUUGCCGUCUAUGUAACGGCUGUUUUUGGUCAGGCGGGUGGGAAUAGCACUGUCCCCGCCUCCAGCAACGAUACCCAAGCGUUUGUGAACGGAACAAACGGAAAUGGAACUUGGGUUCCUCCUCCAGAUGGGAACGCAACGUCUCCUUUUGGAAAUGGAACUUACCCACCAUUAAUGGGCGGAAACGGAACCUAUCCGCCAGGUAAUGGAACGUAUCCACCACCGAUGAACGGAAAUGGAACGUAUCCGCCAGGAAAUGGAACUUAUCCACCACCAAUGGACGGAAACGAAACAUAUCCGUCAGGUAAUGGAACAUACCCACCACCGAUGAACGGGAAUGGAACGUAUCCGCAAAACAAUGGAACAUACAUGUACGGGAACGGAACGUACUGUGCUCCCGGAAACGAAACAUGCUAUCCUCCAGGGAACGGAACUUACCCACCUCCUUAUAAUGGCAACGGAACGUACUGUUCUCCUGGAAACGGAACGUGCUAUCCUCCAGGAAAUGGAACUUACCCACCACCAAUGGACGGCAAUGGAACGUACUGUUCUCCUGGAAACGGAACGUGCUAUCCUCCAGGAAAUGGAACUUACCCACCACCAAUGGACGGCAAUGGAACGUACUGUCCGCCAGGAAACGAAAAAUGCUAUCCUCCAGGAAAUGGAACUUACCCGCCACCAAUGGACGGCAAUGGAACGUACUGUUCUCCUGGAAACGGAACGUGCUAUCCUCCAGGAAAUGGAACCUACCCACCACCUUAUAAUGGCAAUGGAACGUCCUGUCCGCUAGGAAACGGAAUGUGCUAUCCUUCAGGGAACGGAACUUACCCACCACCUUAUAAUGGCAAUGGAACCUACUAUCCCGGCAACUGGACCUAUUACCCCCCCAUGAACGGCGAUGGUCCGAAUCCACCCAUGAACGGUAACUGGUCUUACUUGCCGCCAGGUCCCGGCUUUACUGGCCCCUUCGGUUACCCCUUGUACCCAGUUUACAACGUCGAAUACAACGGAAUGUCCUACGAUGUGACAUGGGUGUCCGUGUACCCACCCGCUCAACCGGGAACAUACGCUCCGCCAUAUCCAUAUCCCAUUUGGUCUAUUGCCGAUGGGUCCAAGAACAGAACAUGGUAUCCACUACCUUACCCGUUCCCUUGCCCGUCCAGCGGGAACAGGACUGAAGGUUAUGCACCAACGUCCUCGUAUCCGCCAAAGUACCCACAGAGUUCUUAUCCACCCAUGUACUCUGAGACAAAGCCACCGCUCUCUGGAAGUCCUCCAUCAAUGUCUGGGAACUACCCUAGUCAAACGGCUGUACCUCCCAUGUCUGGAACCUGGACUGCAUCGCCUCCUCCUUUCAAUUCGGGAUUGCCCUCGCCGGGAUACAGUUCGUUCGGACCCUCAUCUGGUGCUGGACCCGUGUCAAGCUGGAAUGGUCCGUCAUUUGCCCCUAGUUCGGUCGGCCCUGCGCCUUCUGGAGCUCCGUCCAGCUGGAAUGGUCCUUCGUUUGCUCCCAGCUCGGUUGGCCCUGCGUCUCCUUCUGGAGCUCCGUCCAGCUGGAGUGGUCCUUCGUUUGCUCCCAGCUCGGUCGGCCCCGCGCCUUCUGGAUCUCCAUCCAGCUGGAACGGUCCCUCGUCAGUACCCUCAGGAAGCCCUUCUCCUGCUCCCAGCUCCUUCGACCAGUCUAGCUGGAAUGGUCCUUCGUCCGUGCCUAGCUCGGUCGGCCCCGCGCCUUCUGGAUCUCCGUCCAGCUGGAACGUUCCCUCGUCAGUACCCUCAGGAAGCCCUUCUCCUGCUCCCAGCUCGUUCGACCAGUCUAGCUGGAAUGGUCCUUCGUCCGUUCCUAGCUCGGUCGGCCCCGCGCCUUCUGGAGCUCCGUCCAGCUGGAACGUUCCCUCGUCAGUACCCUCAGGAAGCCCUUCUCCUGCUCCCAGCUCGUUCGACCAGUCUAGCUGGAGCGGCCCCUCGUCAGCUCCAUCGGGCAGUCCUUCGCCUGCUCCCAGCUCCUUCAGCCCAUCAUCCGCCCCGGACAGUAGCAACAGCAGUCCUUGGCCGUCGGCAACCCCGUCUCCUCCUGCCAGACGCAGAGUCCGCAGACAGGUGAUGGAAAACCAAUUCAACGCUUCCAGCCCUACUGGGUCCAACAAGACAGCUUUCCCUUACGAGGUUUGCUCUCCUACACCGCCAGGCUACAACGCAAGCGGUUGGGGUUACCCUACUCCUCUUCCGGCCACGGAAGCUAGCCAACACUCGCUGCCGUUCCCGGUCGAGUGGUUCCGCCACUUUGGCAUUGAACCACCACACUUUGACGAUGAAAUCUCUCCAAAGACAAUCUUCAAUGGUACCAGCCCGCUCGACGGCGUCUUUUGGCCAUGGGACAAGAAGAAUGGCAGUGGGAACGCUGGACCACCUUUCCCCUUCCCCCGUUUCCCGGACCAUCCUGAAUGGAACGUCACCUUCCGUGGGCCUUUCUGGCCAGAGUUCCCGAACAUGUCGGACGUGGAGAGCUCUACUGAAAAGCCCUGGCCAGAGUUCCCGUUCUUCCCGCUUCCAAACGGCAACAGGACAUGGCCCGUGCCCUUCUCCAUUCCAGUGUUCUGGCCAGAGGACCCUCAGCCUCCCGAAAUCGGCUUCCCCUGGGACAAGGUCAAUGGAACGCAGCCACCAUUCCCCAACGUGCCUUGGGACCCAAAAAAUAAUGCAUCGCUGCCUUCCUUCCCACACUUCCCCUGGGACCCCAACGGGAAUGGGUCGUUCCCAGAGAUUCCCGGCAUUCCUGGAUUCCCUGGCUUCCCGUGGGACCCCAAGAAGAAUGAGACCGGUACACCUGGAACACCCCAGGGCCCGAAACCCAACGUUACCAUCCCCGGUAUCCCUGGGUUUCCCGGAAGCGGUGGUGACAAGCCUUCGGGCGUUGUUCCAUCCCCAAGUCCGUCACCAUCUCCAGUCGUCCCGGUUAUAGACCCUUGUCCUGUGCCGCCCCGAAAGGCAUCCAUCGUCUUCUCUGGUUCAGCUCUCGUUGACCCUGCCUCCCGAGUCUUCAAACCCUCGGGAUCUGGUCAGGCCAACCUUGCGGUGGAGCCAUUCCAAUGCCAAUACGCCUACACUCUCAUCUACUGGAACGUUGACCUCGUAAGGAGUAGUACAGGCCCCAAUACCACAGAAGGAGCAGGAAAGCCAUCUUACUCGCUCAUGUACCCAUUGCCUCUCCAAACCUUGUCGGCCAGCGAACACACUGUAACAGCACAGGCAAUGUUUGUCGCCUACAAUGGACGACUCGUGGCAAACGUUACGACCGUGGCGUCUUUCAGCAUUAAGAAACCUUUGUCCAGGCCCCUAUUGAGCAACUUGAAUGGUACCGUAUCCGGAGCUGUGCCCCUCGUUCUCGAUGCAUCUGACACUGUCGACGGUAUCGAUCCGUGCUACUUUGUCAUGUUCAAGGGAUACGCAGCAUGGAAGAAAUGUUUGUCGCUCAACCCGGGUAGUGGCUCUAGUGUCGCUCAACCCGUUGUGGUCGUGUUCUCAUGUCAAAACCGAAUCGAGAAAACUCCCUGCCCUUUCAACCUGACCUCGACCACAACUGUUGACCAGAUACUGUCAGGACGUGACGUGACAAACACUACAUUUAGGGCGUUCGAAGUACGCCGUGAUGACGAGGAAGGUUUCUUGUAUAUUGGUACCGACACUCCCUACUUUACGAUCCCAGUUUCGUCCUUGAGGCCAGGUGAUUACAUAUUCAGGGUUUUCACCUUCCGCAGCGAGCAAGAGAGUCCUCCAAAGUCUCCACCUGUCAAUCUGAUGAUCGAGACAACAAAAUACUACGCAAAAGUCGCCCUGACCAUUAACGGAGUUGGAAGCACUUUUGUCGGUGGCUCCUCGGCCUAUAUCACAUCCAAUGUAGUGACCAACUCUCCUGAUUUGGUUUACAACUGGGCUUUGAUCGCCGGUAAUGGAGGCGAAGUGUCGCUUGCCAAGGUUACCAAGCCCGUCGGAAAGGGUGGUCUAAAAAUUGACUCUUCCCAACUUGAUGACGGCCAGUACACUGUCUAUCUCACUUUGACCGACUCUCACAACACAACUGCUACUGCUGCCACUACCUUCAGCGUUACCAAAACUCUUCCGCCAAUCAGUUCCUGCAGCAUUUCACCAUCUAAUGGUCAGGAGCUGACCACGCUCUUUACCGUUUCUUGCAGUGAUAUUUCAGUUGGAAGCUAUUAUUACAGUUACCGCAUUAAGGGUGUGGAAACCGGCAUUGCAUAUCCAGGUUCCUCAACCCAAUCCUUCCUCCUGCCCAGUGGCUUUGAAUCAGAUGGAUACAGGGUGGAAGUCCGCGUUCGCUCGUACAUUCCUGGAACGCUCUACAUCUCUGAUCCGUACACGUUGUACGUGAACGUCACAGCACAAACGAUCACGGACGACAACUUGAGUGACACGUACGUGAACCUGUUCUCCAGUGGAUCCAGCAGUUUGACGGUGGCCGCGAUGGAAUCCUUCACGAGCAAAUUGCUGGCUUCCAAUACUACGUCCGAGGCAGCAAAGAAUGCAACUGGCCAAGUGAUCCAAGCCCUUACAGGAACCAUUGAUGCAAGCACUGAGACGGCUGAAUCUGCAUCGUCAAAAACUGAAGCUCUCGCCAAGUUGCUGGACACUGGUGCUGUUGAUGACAGCUCAAAGGCCAACGUUGGAAAGGGUGUUGCGGUACUGGCUCAGGUGUUGGCCACAACCGGUGCAGAUCAAUCCACCCUUGAAAACCUUGCGUCUGCAGCUCUCGGAUCCGUUGUCAGUUCCGAUUCCGACUCAAGCUCUGGCGACACAUUUACGGAAACCAUGGGAUACGUCGGAGAUGCCUUGUCGAACACUCUAUCACCCGGUGAAAAUGCAACCAUUAGUGUUCAAGGAACGAGAUUGGAUGUCGUGUCUGCGACGAUUGAAUCUAUUCCGGAUAACAUUGGCGAGAAACCAUCCAACCCAGCAAGACGGUUGAGCAGGAGGGCCGCCGCUACGUCGUGUUCUGCGCAGGUCGGCGAGUCUCUUCAGCAGACGUUGAACGACACGGUCGGAGACACGCAGGUUGUGGUCAUCAAGUCCACUUGUGUUGGCAACAGCCCUUACCCAGUAACAGCUAAUGACACAAACGCGGGAUCAUCUACGUUGACGGCCGGAAUGCUCACUCUCAAAGUCAAUGUGGAUGGUGUUCCGUUCAACGAUACGCUCGAAAAGCCCAUUCGCAUUACCAUUCCAACGAGCUACACGUCCACCGCGAGUCUCCACAGGCGAUACGUGCAUGCCUUGACCAAACGGUCGACUACCACGUACACUGCCCACUGCGCCAAAUGGGAAUCGAGUACCUCGGCUUGGAACACAACUGCUUGUAGCACCCUUGACACCUCUACAGGAGGUUCCAGCACCACCUGUGACUGCACCUCACUAGGAUCCUAUUCGAUCGUGAUCAAGGCUGCCUCGACUCCUGACGGCCAGUCUCCCGGCGACACACCUGACUCUGGUAGCAGUGUCUCAAAGGGUGUCAUUGCAGGAGCGACAGUGGGCAGUGUUGUCGGUGUGGUCAUUGUCGCGGCGGGUAUUUGGUACUUUUUGCUCAAAAAGCCCGCUAAAAAUGUGGGUGCGCCGCAGCCAGAAAUGCAACAACAACAUUAGAAAAGUGUCUGAUAACAUGGUAAUGGUACAGUAGAAAGUCACUUGAUCAAAUAAAAUAUACAAGA